CUUCCGUCCCAUCCGGAGUCCAAGAUGGCCGCGCUCUUGCUGAGACAUGCUGGCCGUCAUUGCCUCCGUGCCCAUCUUAGCCCUCAACUCUGUAUCAGAAAUGUUGUUCCUAUGGGAACCACAGCCAAAGAAGAGAUGGAGCGGUUCUGGAGUAAGAACACAGCCUCAAACCGUCCAUUGUCUCCCCACAUCACUAUUUACAGUUGGUCCCUUCCCAUGAUGAUGUCCAUUUGCCACCGUGGCUCUGGUAUUGCCUUGAGUGCGGGAGUCUCUCUUUUUGGCUUAUCUGCUCUGUUGAUCCCUGGGAACUUUGAGUCUCAUUUGGAACUCCUGAAGGCCCUGUGUUUGGGCCCAGCACUGAUCUACACAGCUAAGUUUGCACUUGUCUCACCUCUCAUGUAUCACACCUGGAAUGGCCUACGGCAUUUGAUGUGGGACCUGGGGAAAGGCCUGAAGAUCCCCCAGCUCUACCAGUCUGGAGUAGUUGUCUUGGUUCUCACUGUGUUAUCCUCUCUGGGACUGGCGGCCAUGUAAGAAGUUGAGAGUCCCAACAUCUUCCUAUAAAUCAUUACAUAGAUCUGA